ACAUAUACCAGACCGAAACAGUAAAAGGACCAGACAGGCAAAGCUUUUUCUAUUCAAUUCAUUGCUACAACCUGCAGCUGUUAUAAGAAAAUCGUUCUCUGUCACAAUUCUGUCAUCAUGAGAAAGAUGGGCAAACAGAACUGUUUCUUCUUUCUUCUCAUCAGUUGUAAUUUCAUGGGUGUCUCUGGCUAUCCAAAUGGCUUAGUUACAGAGUCAUGCAGUAGCAUGACACCAAUUCAUGGUGGAGCCAAUGCUCAGACUUCAGCUGCUCCCUUCAGCGUCACAGCUAGUAAAGCCACAUACAGUCCAGGAGAUCAAAUCACAGUGACUCUCCAAGCUAAAUCAGGUACCUUCCAAGGAUUCUUUCUGCAAGCUCGGCAGAUUGGAGGAGGUGCUGCUCUUGGUUCUUUCACAAUCACUGAUUCUACAAACACUCAGGGUCUAAACUGCAAUGGAGCCAAUUCUGCUGUCAGUCAAAAGUCUAAAUCAGCAAAGUCACUGAUCCAAGCCACAUGGAAUGCACCCAGUUCUGGCACGGGGAAUAUUGAAUUCAGUGCCACUUUUGUCAGAGUGUAUGAAACAUUUUGGAAGCAAGUAAAAAGUUCACCCAUUACAAGUAAUAUUCUAGUCCCAGCUACCUUUGCCCCCAUUAAAUUGCCAGGACCACCGUUAUCAUCUAAUCCAAGUUCAUCCCUGGUAUUAAUUUCCAGUACUGGUUGUGGCAUCAAUAAAACCUGCUUCAGCAAUCCAGCAGGAUGUGAUGCAGCCACAAAUGCAGACUGCUACUUCAUGUCUUCUGCUUCACCCCAAGGAGUCAGUGAUGGUAUCCAGUUUGAAAUUAGUGGCAAAUCCAAUGGUUAUGUUUCUAUUGGAUUUUCAGAUGACACAGAAAUGGGAAACGAUGACAUUUAUAUCUGUGGUCAGGAUGUUAACGGAAACAUCCAAGUCCAACACGCUUUUUCUACAGGAAGACUUACACCUACAAUUAAACCUCUGGAAAAUGUUAACAACAUUUCAACUUCUUUCAACAAUGGGGUCAUCAAAUGCUCUUUUAUAACAAGAAACAGCAUAUCAACACAGCAGAGAGCUGCGGACACCUCUUACUACAUAUUUAUAGCUAAUGGACCAACAAAUGGAGGAGCAAUACAGUACCAUCCUUCAAGACCUUUUAUUACUGAGGACAAAGUUAAUCUUUUAGGUUCCCAGUUAGCAAGUGGCAAUGCAAACACACCUACUAUUAUUAAAACGCAUGGUGCUCUUAUGUUAAUAGCCUGGAUGACCACAGGAAGUAUUGGAAUGAUAAGUGCCAGAUAUUUUAAGCAAAUAUCAAAAGGGAUACAAAUUCUUGGAAAAGACAUCUGGUUUCAGGCCCAUGUGUUCCUUAUGCUGCUAACUGUAGCUGCAACAGUCACUGCCUUUGUGCUUGCCUUUGUAUCUGUGAGAGGGUGGAGUGGUGGAGCUCAUCCUGUUAUAGGGUGUAUAGUGAUGGUUCUAGCCUUGAUCCAGCCACUUAUAGCUAUCUUUCGUUGUGCUCCAGACAGCAAAAGGAGGAUUGUCUUCAAUCUCGUGCAUGCUAUAAAUGCUUUGGUGAUCAAAGUUCUUGCAGUGACCUCAAUAUUUCUUGGUCUGCAGCUGCUUGAUAACUCACCAAAUCAAUGGCUGCUUAAAGUUAUGGGAGGUUUCGUUGGAUGGGAAUUCCUUAUUUAUCUCAUACUAGAUUUCAAUCUCUGUUUAAAAAAGGAGGAAUUAUAUGAAAAUGUAGUGAAGAUUCCGCCUGAACCAGUGGUGCUGCUUAUUUACAUUCUUGGAAACUUGAUGUUUUUGAUAGCUCUUCUGGUUGGAAUUGGCCAAACAUAAAAUGGACCCACACAAAUGGAAUGCUCAAACAUUGUACUGUGUGAGGAAGAGACACUGCUGGUAGUUAGUCUUAUUAGAUUAUUUACCUUCUCCUUCCUGAACUCUCCAUCAGGUGUGUACUGUUGUGUAUAUAUUAUGAUUGAAUAUAAAAUAAUAAAUCAUGUUUUAUAUACAGCAUAAGGAUGUUUGACAAAACACCUUCCAUAGCACUGUCAAUGGGGUGUAGCUCGCGUAGCAGAGCCAGUGAUUGUUUAGGGAAGACUGUUUGCACUCUUUAGGACCAUGUUGAUGACUGUCCUCCUAGUGGCCGAUCAGUUUAAUACAGACAUCAGUAGCUACCUCUAGACUAGAGCUGUCUGGUAAGCCUUUAUCUUUGAACUGUAUGGUUUGCGGUUCACAUCCAGUCCUUGCUUUUCCAUUCAUUAGCCAAAGUAUAUUAAUAGAUGGAAUUUUUGUGAAUAUACUUUCUUGUACCUUUCUGCAUUUUAAGUUUUGUGUAUUAAAAAAAUUAGAACAAAAA